UCGGGGCUGGACGGGUGCCUGUCCGGGUCAGUCCCGGACGGGUUGUCGCGCGCAUGGCCGUGUGGGUGUUUGGGGGCCGCCUUGGCCUGCGCCGUCAUCUCGACGUCUGCAGGCUGCUGUGUCCCCGUUUUCAGAGCCGCGGCCCUCAGAGCGAGGAAGACGGGAACAGGCCUAAGUCCUCCUCGAAGGCACACAAGAUCCCCAAGAUUUACACCAAAACGGGAGACAAAGGGUUUUCCAGCACCUUCACAGGAGAACGGAGACCUAAAGAUGACCAAGUAUUUGAGGCUGUGGGAACUACAGAUGAAUUAAGUUCAGCUAUUGGGUUUGCCAUGGAGUUGAUCACAGAAAAGGGCCACACAUUUGCCAAAGAGCUUCAGAAAAUCCAGUGCACGCUACAGGACGUCGGCUCCGCCCUGGCCACUCCACGAUCCUCAGCCAGAGAGGCUCACUUAAAAUACACGACCUUCAAGGAAGGGCCUAUUGUGGAGCUGGAACAGUGGAUUGACAAGUACUCCAGCCAGCUGCCCCCACUCACGGCUUUCAUUCUACCUUCUGGGGGCAAGAGCAGCUCAGCGCUGCACUUCUGCCGGGCCGUGUGCCGCCGAGCCGAACGACGACUAGAGGCUGACAGCCCUGCUCAUGAAGGAACCAAGACCACGCUUGUUGGCACAAAGGCCAGCCUACCCUCAGCUUACCUGCUGUGCCUCCUCCUUCACUGGCCAGGCCAUGUCAUGUCUGUUCAAGUGUGGUGCCUCUUGUCCAAAUGGGAGAAACGGAUGCAAAUGUGGCCAAGUUUUUAAACAGACUCAGCGAUUACCUCUUCACCAUAGCCAGAUAUGCAGCCAUGAAGGAGGGCAGCCAAGAAAAAAUAUACAAGAAGAGUGAUGAAUGAGACAUGAAGACAUGGUGAGGGGGCUCCAUGGGCCCCUCUGGAGAGACCAUGGUAAACUUGAGAACAGCUCACACUAAGAGACUGGAAGUGAGCCUGAGGUAUAAACUCCCAUGGGACCUCUCAGACUCCUGCUGGCUCCCCCAGGUUGUGCUAGAGCACUUGGGACUGGUUCCGUACUCUGUGGUGGAAAGGAACACUGAAGGCUACGAAGAGGAGGGGCCACUCUGCAUUGGGAAUGAAUGUGGGGAAGGUUUGAAGCGCCAACUGUGUGUGUGUGUGUGUGUGUGUGUGUGUGUGUGUGUGAGAGAGAGAGAGAGAGCGAGAGAGAGAGAGAGAGCGAGAGCGAGUGUGUGUAUGGGGGGUGGUGGAGAGGGAAAGGCUGCUGCCAACUCUGGCUGUUCAAGGAUUUGGAAUGUACCAGCGACCCUUGGAAAUGUAAUUGUGAUUUACCUGUGCCAAUGGGGCUUUAAAUGUCACAUUUAUAAAGGGGAAGGCAGGCAGGCUUGAGGAGUUUAGUCACCUCUGAGCUGCCCAUCACUGCCACAGUGUAGGGGAAAGACAGCUGCAGGUCCACAGGGGUGCAACUUGGAGAAUCCUCUCCAUCAGGGCAGGAGGUGGGCGGCCCUCCCCACCACAGCAGCCGUAGAAGUGAGGUUUUCAGGCUGUCACUGAGCCCUCCGAUGUCACACUUGGCUGGUUUAUGCUUCUGUGGUCCACACGACGGCUGUGUUUUAUUCCACUUGUCACUGCUGCUGCUUCUCACUAUGAAAUGACAUCGCCAGUGGCAGCUGUGUCCUUGGGAAGAGGGAUAUUUAUGAAAGGCUGGAGGCAGCCCCGAGAACCUGAGGAUUCCAUGCCUCAUGGUAGGUGGAGACUUUGGAAGCACAGGUCAGAGACACCUGGGGACUCACCUCCAGGAUCUCUUCCCUGUGUACCUGUUUGGCACGCCUUCCAUGCUAGGUGUGGAUGGACUGGCCUAGCUGUCUUCCUUGUUGGUCAGUCAGCAAGCAUUUGACUUCAGCCAAGUGUCCUCCCCACCUUCCUGCUGAUGUUCCUGGUAGACAGCUCCAUGUGUAUCUUCUGGGCCCUUUCAGGGGUAGAUACCCAGGAAGGAGGAGCACCGGAAGUCCAGUGCCACUGUGCCACCAUAGUGAGGCACAGAUUGGAUACAGAGUUGGUGAUGUGUGUGCAGGCCAGAAAUGAAACAGGAGUGCAAGCUCAAUGCCUAAGCAUCAUGCUGUUCCGGGCCUGGCCGAGAAACCGUGUUCCAAGAGCUUGCAGCAGCUUCUCCACUCUGCCUACAGCCAUGGGUCCUCCUAAAAGGACAGGAUGGACUCAAGAAAAUAGCAACCUACACCCCUGGCCCACGUCCUGCCUGCUUUCAACAAUCCACCAGGGUUUGGGGCUCUUACAGGGUAGAUCUCAACAUUCAGGCUCCAGGCAUUGCCUACCUAGCCUUGUACACACUACCCACAAUCCCCAUGGGGUGAUUCCCACUGCACGCUAACACAGCUGCAGAACUGUUUAUUUAAAUUAUAACCAUUUAUCAUUGAUCUCUCCCUUUUUGCAUAAUUCACCCCUUGAAAAUUUUGCAGGAAGCCUCCUGUCUUAUUUUUUUUUAAUUUUGUAAAUAGCUGUUUUACUGAUAUUACAAUCCACCUACCAUAAAAUUCUUUUUAAAAUGGACAGUCUGGUGGGUUUUCUGAUACUGUCCACUUUUCACCACCCCAUAACUCGCACCCAAGAAACUGCCCCCUAAUUCAGGACAGGCUCAUCAGAACAGUAUUCACCAUUGUUACUAGAGGCAAGCCUUCAGCAGUGCUGGGGCUACAGAAGGGAAACUGAGGCUCAGAACUGGCCUAGGCUGUGGUCUCAUGACCCCCACUCCCAAGCCCAGCAGCACUUGACAGUCAUUUUAAUCACAACCCCGGGCUGUCGGCCAGUGUCAGGCACUAAUAGGUCUGCCGUCACAUUCUCAGCUGACUUUCCCUUAACUGAUACUUCACGGCUGUUGUUAAUGUGCAUUUUCCACUGAGUAAUUUCCAGAGCCUGAACUUGUAGCACAUCCCAGUGAUAAAUGUCCCCCAGUUCCAAGUCCCCUGUCAGCUGCAAUGUCACCCAUACCUCCUCCCCAGCACCUCCCGACAGCCCAUCCAGUUUUAUGAUCCCUCUGUCCCAGUGAUCACGACUGAACCUUUAAGAAUCCAGACGUAUUUCAAGUUUAAUUGAAUAAAAUUCUUUGUCUAAUAAA